UUUGUGUUAUCUCUCUUUGUUUUCAGAAUCCACGCACGACGUGGAUGGACCUUCAUUGUGGCGUUUAACGCUAGAUCAAGAUCUACUCGAUACACUGACACGAAGAUUUCCGAGUUGGUUCGAUAAUCUAUCGUCAACGGCUGGAGACUCGUUUCAUACAUCGGCAGAAAAAUAUUUUACCGUCAAUUUGGCCGAUAUUAACGGAAUGGCCGAAGGGGAUAGUCUAGGCAACUCAGCAGCCCCAUCCGGUCAGCCUUUAUUAAGCGUGGAAGAUGCAUCUAACACAACUCUAACAAAUUCGAUGACCUCAAGACAAUCACCGCCAAAAGCUGUCGUGGAUUCGUCUCCACUACAAGCACAAAUGGAUAAAAAUAAAGAAUCACUCAAAGUAAAACUAAUGGUAAGGCGACCGAUCAAUCAACUGGUGGAACAAGGAAUUAUGCCACCUCUCAAAACGUCGCCAGCUCUGCAUGAGCAAAGAAAGCAGUUAGAAAGAGCUAAAACCGGAGAUCUUCUUCGGGCCAAAUUCAAACAACGUCCUGAUCGCCAGGAAUUAGAACGUCGACAUAUUCUUGAACACGAUGAAAGCCACGUCGAUCCUAGUCUGGCUGAAAAGCAAAGAAUGCUGAAGAAAGCUAGAUUAGCCGAUCAACUAAAUUCACAAAUAUCUCAUCGACCUGGUCCUUUAGAACUGAUAAAGAAGAAUAUUUUACACACAGAAGAGCCAAUAGAAAGAAUUGUGAAAGAAGGUUUGGUUUCAUUCAAAGCAACUAGUGAGGGAUUAUUAAGUCGUCCGCAACAACCACAUGGUUACAUAAAUUUGAGGACGAUUCGCAAAGUUCUGAGGGGUGAUCAACGAACGAGUCCGCAAAGAAGUGAUGUAAUCGAAGCAGCUGCUGCAUCGGCGGGCAUUGUUACUGUGGCACUAACAAUUCCAACCAGCGGUGGACAAGUUGUUGUCAAAUCAGCUCCAAUGCUUCAGCAGAAAUUCCAAUCAGCUAUCAUCACUACUCCAUACGUCCCUCCACCACCACCACCGCCUCCAGUACCUAUCAAAUCGGAACCCAUUCAAAUUAAAUCCGAAACCUCAAACCUAUUUGCCGAAUUAUGUCAAUCAGUUGUUGGUAAUUCCAAUUUGCUUCCACUUGUUCCCAGUCCAGUAUCAUUAAGUUCCACAACAUCAACGCUGAGUCCAUUGUCUUCAGUUUCAUCACCGCCAUCUCAGUUCACAUGCCGUCCUAUGCAGUCUUCCUCGCAGAGCCAGAAAUCGGACGCUCCUGGAAAAGACAAGAACCGAAAGAAGUGCAAGACCAAACCAGUUGCCAAGUCCAGGCCUAUUAAAUUUCAUGAAUAUAAAGGACCACCAAGCGCACAAAAGCCUAGCUCAUCUUCAAGUAGCGUUAACGAAGAAACUUCCUAUCAAUUAUUGCUCAAACAACAAACGUUUCUGCUUGAAUAUCUGGAAGGACUUCAUAAAAAUUCGUCAAUGACUCCAGCGAAUCAGAAAAUAAUGCAAGCUGAACUCAAUGCACUUCAACAAAAUAGUUAUCUUCAGCAACCACUCCCAUCACCCGCUCCUUCUGUUAGCUCAUCAAUUCCUGCUAGUCCAGCUCCGAGUUACAAUGAAUCCAUCAGCUCCGAGAUAAGCAAGUUGGAAAAGAUGAAAGUUUCUGACUUGAAGCUGUUAUUGAAAAAAAGAAAUUUGCCUGUGUCGGGUCCGAAGCCUCAACUAAUCGAAAGACUGCGACCACAUUUACUCAUGGAGCCAGGAGAUACAUCCACCAAUGAGUCGAUAUCAGGCGAAACUUGUGAUAUGGAUGCCAUGAAUUCUCCUCAUCAGUCACUGUCACCCGAAUCCGAACAUGAGAGCAUGGAUGUUCAACAGAUUGAUUCUCCAUGUCCGGUUGGCAGACAAACACCGCAAUUCAAAAAUGAUGAUUUGUUACGUGAACAACAACGUAAAAUUGAUGAGUUACAGAGAAAGCUUCGUGAAAGUCAGGAAGAGCUGCUGCAGAUGCGUCAAAUUCAUCCAAUUCCGGCUGUACCCAGUGAAAAUAUUGUUCCGCCGAAGCCCGAAGUGAUAAAUCAAAGAUGGUAUUCAAGCAGCAGUUGGAGGCCAAAAUUCAGAAAGAGAAGUUACAGCAAUUAGAGAAUCAA